GGCGCGGAGCGAGGAGCGCGGCGGCGGCGGCGAUGGCUUUCGAGGCGCUGGCGGAGGCUGCGGAGCGGUGGUGCGCCCGCACGCCCUUCCAGCUCAUCGCCGCCGAGGAGACGGAGCGCCGCAUGGACUUCUACGCCGAGCCCGGCGUCUCCUUCUACGUGCUGUGCCCGGAGGCCGCCUGCGGCGACAAUUUCCACGUCUGGAGUGAGAGUGAGGACUGCUUACCUUUUCUGCAGCUCGCGCAGGAUUACAUCUCUUCCUGUGGGAAAAAGACACUCCAUGAAAUACUGGAAAAAGUCUUCAAGUCCUUCAGACCUCUACUUGGGCUUCCAGAUGUUGAUGAUGAUGCGUUUGAAGAAUAUAAUGCAGAUAUGGAAGAAGAGGAACCAGAAGCGGAUCACCAACAAAUGGGUGUCAGUCAGCAGUAAUUUUCAGAGAAGCUGUAAAAUUGGGAAUCCCUUGGCACCAGGUGGGGUCAGAUAGUCCCACGUUAGCCUGUUCGAUUGCGCAUCACAUGGGGAUAUCUGGCUCCCAGGAUACAAGUUUUAUGAAAUGUUUAUUUAAAAAAAAUAAUAACAAUCUGUGAUGGGCUUUGCUAAGAAGUGACCUGAAUUUUGCUCCUGCUUCAGUGGAGUUUUUAUGGAGUUAUCUUGGUAGUAUUCUGCCAUUACCAGUCUAGAAGUAGUUUUGUUGCUGACUGUCUCCUUGAUUUGUGUUUGAGAGUAACGUUCACUGACAUGAAUGUAGGGUUGCCUUGAAUGUAGGGACUGCAGGGCCGGCGUGCUGGGCACUCCUUGCACGUCAUCUCUUGGGGAAAUUGGUGCAGAGAGUAGAUGCAACCAGCACUCUUCUUUUUAGUUCAACAGCUGUGGUUUGUGGCUCUUUACCAGACAGAGCACCAUACUUUGAGAAGUUUCUCCUGAAAAACACUAGUUUAAUAGUGGUCAGUGCUGCAGAAAUGCACAUGGAGGCUCAGUUAAAAUGAUGGGGAGUGAGAAGUCCAGGAGGUGUUUGUGUUGGACCUGUUAAUGUCAUUUUACUGACACCUGAGUUUACAGUGAUUGGAUUCAUAACCAGGAGCAGUUAGAGCUCUGGUAUUGACAGUACAUAUCAAAACAAACCUGGGUACUCUCACACCAUUUAACUCAAAGCCAAAUACUGUUUUUGUACAAAUUCAAUCAAUUACAGACAGCCAUUGCAUAUCCCAUGAAAAGCGACUGUAAGCUUCACUAUUUUUUAAAAAAUCCAUAAAUUACUACACAAAUCUUGCAGUGUCACCAACUGAAGUGCAACUUAACUCGGAAGCCAUAAGUGUAUAAACCAGCUUGUAACACUAUGCUGGACCUUUUCCUCCCUCUGGGCCUUUGAGCUAAUCUGGGCAUUUCCACCUCUGACAAGGGGAGCUAAAAUACUACCCAAGCAGGAGGCCCAUCGUAUCUUAUACCUACUUUGCAUAGGUUUAAGUGGCUCCAACGAGUGCCAGACUGUGAAGAUGCAGGGUCUCUUUAUUUACAUGCCUUUUGUACUGAAAAUAUAAGAAGCAGAGUGAUGCUGUUGUAAGACAUCUGUUUUCUGUGGUUGAACAUAGUGUUUCUGAAUUUAUUCCUUUCUUCCAGUUUCUUUUUAAAUGGCAAAAUGAAGGUCACACACUUUGAAAGCCCUUUUAUACAGAAUUAACUUUAUAAAAACAAAAAGUGAGUGAAGAGAAAAUGAUAGGACAAUUCCCAGAAACAGCUCACACCAUUUUGAAAACCCCGUGAUAGCAACAUCUCCUUUUCCAUAGACUUUUAAAAGACUUUUAUUUUUCAAGAUUACUUAAGAGAGGAAGUUUUCUUGGGGAUUUACAUUUCUGAUGAUGGGUUGAGAGGUGCAGAGCACCUGAUUUUUUCCAGCCUGAGGCAAAAACCUUCCAUAACCAGGAUGGUGCGUGGUACCCAAUUAUGUACAGAAAUGUCUGCAAUGCUUACAAAGUUCGGGUUUAAGAAUAUAAAAAAGAAUGGAAGAGAAACAGAGCUUAAUGAAACUUUGUACAUUCUUUUGGCAUGCAGGCAUAAACACGGUAGUUGCAACACAUUUUCUAUGGACUAGUGACGUGAGAACUGUGGCAGUUCAUUGUUUAACACUGUGCAGCAGCAAUAGGCUUUUUGCUUACAAUUAUAAAGUGUAAGAACAGUGGGUUCCAUCCCUGCUUUAGGUCCCUAAGUUUUUGUUCCUCCCCAUGAAAAAAGAUGUCAUAACCUUGCUUCAGGAGAAGCUUUCUCUUUGUAGCAUCCAUUGCUUUGGUUACGGCUCGUACAAAUGGAUCUUUUGGGGCUGGCUUCCCUCUGCUGCAGUGCCAAGCAAGAUGUAAUUUACAGUAGCACAAACUAUUGAUUGAAUUGUUAAUGAGCAGUUGGACAUUAAUAUGGAUGUAUGCAAACAUAAAGCUGUAAAUCAUGUAGAUAUAUUAUUUUCUGCAUACACUAACUCACUUUUUCUGGAAUGCCAUGUGCCAUUGGAGUGAUCUCUCCACCAGAGUGCAAGUGCUUGGUAGAUGGGGGCUGUUCUGCAAAGCUCUCAGUACGGCCAGCAAGAUUCUAUUCAAAUGCAACUCUGGAGGCUGCAUGAUGCUCAGUCCUGCAGAGAGCUGCACACUUGUGUCCCCCCCUCAUGCUGCUGGGAGCGGAGUGUGCAGCCUCACUGCUGUACUGAAGCACUGCCAGGCAACACUAACAAUAAACUGGAAUUUUAUACACAGAAAACUUAAGUGACGUGUGUAUUAAAUGUGAAUGAGCCAUUAAUAUAGAAUGUAUUUUAUCAAAAAAUAUUGAUUGCUUCCUUUGACCAAAUACAUUUCUGUAUGAUCAUGUUACGUGUUCCAUACUUAUCUCAUGAUGCAGAAAAUGCAAAAUGGGCUUCAUUGUGUCACAAAGUAUUUACAUGUUUUAUUUGUGUUUUAUUUGUUCUCCAGUCCUCUACAUUUUGGGGUUGGUAGCCAUACAGUAACUCACCGAAGACAGCAUGGCCCUGGCUGGGCUGCCAACUGAGAGGCUGCACCUGUGAACACAUGUGCAAACACUUGCAGGUGUAGGGACUCAGUAAGAAAAUGUGGGCUUAGGGCUCUGCUGCUGCCCUGCUCUGGGCUUUGGGUAGAUUUCAGCAGCUGGGCCUCUGUGAAAUUCAGUGAGAGGAGGAAAAGGACCCUUUUGGGGAGAUGCCCGGAUUCGGAGACCACCCCAACCACCCACGAGGUAUCUGCUUAUUGAACCUCUGCAGCAUAUGUAAAAACUGCUCUGGGCAUUCCUGGUCACAGUCAUUUGUUUCUGUUAGCAUCCUGCCCAAUGAAUACAUUGAGUUGAUGAGGGAGGAAGGGGUGGAGAAAAGGCAAACUAAAAGGCCUUCUCCUCUUCCCCAGCUUUAUUAUUUGUGGUAUUGUGUGAGUAGGUCAGAGCGAUGGGCAGGGAUCAGGAAGCUGCUUUAUGAAGUAUGCAGUGAAAAACUCUUAACAGGAUUUGCUCACGAUGCAUUGAGAAAAAACACUGGCAAACUAUCUCCUCACAGAGAUGUGGGGUGUAACAUCCCCUGAACACGAUGGCCUGAUGGCAGGCUUCUUCAGCUCUGCCCUGGGCUGGUUCCUCUUUGUUUAGUGCCUUUGAAAGGUGCCUGCUCGUAAAAAUGCUCCUUGGGAGGGGAGCAGCCCAAGCUGGUUCUGCAUUGGCAACCUGAUGUAUGACUGCUGCUACAUUUUGGUGCAGUGUCAUGUGUAAGGUAUGCUGGAUCAGAUGGUGGCUGGGGGCAGCAGAUAUUCCUGCAGGGUUGCUUAUCAAGUGACUGGCCUUUUCUUCACUGGAAGCUAGGACAUGAGACUGUGACAGGAAUAUUGACUGCAAUGACAGUAUGGGUGUUGCCCUGGAAAGAUGCCAUAGGGGACAAGUCACUAACAUUUUUGAGCUUGUUUUUUGAUCUUUCACAGGGAUCCAGCUUGUGGUCAGCAUUAGUUGGGGAAGGCAAGGUUAACACUUGAUCCAUCCUUCCCUCAUGUACAUCCUUUCCUCAUGUCCAUCCUUACCACACAUCAACACUGCUCAAUCCUCAGAAUUUCCCACAUUCAGAAAAGACAAAGCAGCCAAAGAGGGUGAAGAAGACCCCUUUCACAAGGGUAUGAGACUGAUGCCUACCUAACUGAUCUACCUUUUGAAAAUCAGGCCCCUCUAAAGCUGUCCUGGCUGGGCAUCCAGAAAGUGAGGUCUCUCUGGCUGCAGUCUGUAUCUGUGACAGGAAGUUUGAAGGCCAGAAUCUCUCACCUCAGGUUUUUUCUGAAAUUCUGAGUCUUGGUUUGCACUGUUGAUCUGUGAUGUCUGUGGCAGGAGCACACUGCUGCAUAAUGAAACCUGCUCACUUAGCCUCAGUCACUCCUUCAGUGAGCCAAAUUAUCAUUUACAGGCUCUAGGCGAGGCUUUUUUUUUUCCCCUCAUAGCCAGGGGCUUUUUUUUUAAGGAAGAAAAUACCUGAAGACACAUCUGUGCUGUCACAAGCCCCGAUUUCUGCAAAGUCAUGUAACACAGUGCUGUCCAUCCCAGCCUGGUCACAAAUGCUUAGAUUAACAAAGAGAGUGUUCCUUUGUCUGAAGAAACAGUCUUCAAAUGAGCUACUACUGACUGCAACAAAGCUGUCUUCUUUCAUGUAAGAUACAUCCAACUCUGAAAUUUCCUUUUUGCACUGACAUGCUGCUGCUCCUGUAGGCAGAGAUCUGCGGUAGCACUGUGUAUAAACAAUGUCUGCUUUCAUCUUUGGGGUGGCAGUGAAAAUGACAGCCCUGGAUUUUAGUCAUUAACAUCUUUUUGUUGUUGAGUUUUCCUAUAAUGAUGUGGGGAUCAGUCAGAGCGCAACACAUCAAGCAGAAAUAAUGUUAGACCACACCAUGCAAAGACUGUCGUUGGUGAGCUUGCUACCAUUUGUUUUUCUGACUGGAAGAUCUCUGUCUCUUUGGGACUUCAAAGCUGGUGUUGCCAAAGAGUGUUGCCCUUUUGUUCAAUACUUUAUCAGGUGUAAGCCUCCAGUGGAGCCUUGUCUAUUCUUCCCUUCCUCCUUCCUCUCCCACCACCGAGGUGUCAAAUCCAACAGUGUAGUUACACCAUAGGCUUGCUAUUAAAGAGCUUACCAAAUGCUAGUGACUUAUGGAGUCUUUUCUCUGUGAGCAAAAUAAACUAAACAGGGGUCCUGGUGGGGUAAAGUGUAGCUACAAUGUGUGUGGGGAAGAGGAGGAGAGGCUUGUGUUUCUCAGGAUACACCUGGUGUUUGCAGUGUAAGGAGAAAAUGAUUCCAUCAGAGCUUUGGGUAUUGCAGAGCAAGUCAUGCUCUGCAAGACAGGAUCCUGAACUGCCAGGUCUUUCCAUUUAGUGCAAAAGAUUUGCUGUCAGAAAAUGGGAAUUAGUGGUAAUAUUUGAGAUGAGCGAGUGUUUCAUAUUUCCCAGGUCCUCUUUUGUUUUGCACAGAUUAGGGAGACAUCUGUUCUAAUUAACAGACAUGUAACAACGUUGAAAUGAAAAUAGGAAGUUAUGUUCAACUCAUUUGCUUCCUUUUUUUUAAACACUGCCAUUUUAAUUGUCACUUUGACAUCUUCUCACUCUGAUUUAGUGGAAGGAAUGCUGCCAAUUGUUUCCCUUUGUCACGAGUCUCUUGUCUGUGGGUUGAAGAGCAUUUUCAGCUGAAGAGCGAGUGCUUUAACUUAGCACUUUGCCUUGCAUUCUUGGCCCUUUAUGUGGUGUGAGCGCUCUGUGGGAGGACUGUGGCCAUGAUGUGUCCUGUGCUACAUCCACAGCCCUCACUGGCAGCUCCGAGGCCCCUGCUGGUAGAGCGCCUACCGGCCGGCUCCCUUCUCUUACUGAAUAAUCCUAGCAGCACGGGACUCACAGCCUCUUGAGGGACACCUGAGUGUGGCUGAGGCAGUGGUUGGGCUCUGCUACAGUCUUCUUACAUAUACAGCUGCUCCUAUGGAAGAGGCGAUGGACCCAGCCUGUCUGCAGCUGCUGGGAACCCACACUGCCUGCUCUGGUCGGCUGGAUGGACUUCUCCCUCUUCAGAAGCUGAAGUCACCCUUAGGAGUUUGGAUGGCAGCGCUCUGCUCAUGUAGGUCUCAGCUGUGGGACAGUGGGCCCUUCUCUGAGGCCAGGGACCCCAUACAAGAUGGCGGCUGAGCUGGGGCAUGCUGCUCCACACACAGGUCUGUCCGUGCAGAUCUCCUUCCUCAGUUAAGAAAGCACGCUGCCCCAGGGCUUUGCCACAUUUUGGCUCUGUCUGAAGGAGAACAAAGCCACUGGAGGUCCGUGUUGCCUCUGUAACUCUGGCCUACUCUCUCCCAGCAGAGCUGUCACCAAGCAGAACCAUUUGGGAAUUGCAGUUACCCCUCCUUAGCAGGUUGGUGUGCUGCUUUAGAAUUAACAGUACCUUGCUCCAAGUUUUCACCUUCCCUCUUCUCUGUGAAAAGAUUCAUGCUUCCACCACUUGCUCAGUGUGAUGAAACACAAUAAAAAAGCACAUUGAGCUUUA